AUACAACAUGAGCCCGACCGACCGCGGGCUCCAACCACCAAACGCGUCGACGCGCAGCGCACGCACGAACACACACGAGCAGGUUUCCUGCAACGCAGCGCGUCGAGCAGACCAGACCCGCCCGGCCUGGUUGUGGUCGAGGAGGAGACUGGAGGAGGACGGGAUAGCAGACGAGAGGAGAGGACGCGCACGCCAUGUCAGGUUCGUCCGCCGCUUCUCUUCCCGUUCCCCUAGAUCCCCAAUCCGCGCACGAGCACGACAGGACUGCUCGAUUCGGCCCGAAACCUGGCGCCUGCGGAGAAUUCGAGCGGCGGGCUCGAUUAGGAGCCCGAUUUCGCACGCAACCUGCGGGGGAGAGCGGUCGGACUCCUCGUCCCCUGUCAUGUCCCCCAUGGUGGAGAGGGCGGUUCCGGAGAGACGCGGCCGCAUGGGUCCACCACCAAAGCCUUGGGAGCGAUCUGGAACUGAAGGAACUUCAGGUCCAGCACCUUUCAAGCCCCCAUCUGGUGGAAGCACCAGUGAUGUUGUUGAAGCUUCUGGUACCGCUAAACCCAGCGAAAAUGUUACUGCGAUGGAGGGGAAUGCCGCUCCUAAUGUAAAUAGCACUGUUUCAAGGCCUAUGCCACAGCGGCCUUGGCAGCAGACAGGUUAUGGAAACACCUAUGGAGGGUAUGGUGGAUCCAACAUGUAUAGUUCAUAUGGUGGAUUUGGCAACACUUAUGGUACCGGUGGACUCGGAAAUAGCAUGUACUCGAGUUACGGAGGAGGUUAUGGUGGUGGCAUGUACGGCGGUGGCAUGUAUGGAGGAGGCAUGUAUGGUGGGAUGGGAGGUUAUGGUGGUUACGGCAUGGGCGGAAUGGGUGGUAUGGGCAUGGGUCCAUACGGUAAUCAGGAUCCAAAUUCGAUGGGCCCUCCUGCAUCCCCGCCAGGUUUCUGGGUGUCCUUCCUCCGAGUGGUAUUGGUCACAACCACUUGCAGUGCCAUUACAUUUACAAAAUGUCGAAUCACCUCACUUUUUAUUUCCAGAAGGACCCAAAUGCAUGGUGUUGUCAAUUUCUUCGGACGAAUCUCAUUCCUUGUUGAACAGAACACUCAGGCAUCCUAUUUCUUCAUGACAGCAAUGCUGCAGCUCUUCGACCGGUCCGGUAUGCUCUACGGUGAGCUUGCACGGUUUGUGCUGCGUUUGCUAGGAGUGAGAAGAAAGCCAAAGAAGGGGGGCAGCAUUCAGGGGCCAGAAGCGCUGGCGUUCGAGGGACCUAGCCGGCAGUCUACCGAGGCACCGAAAACGAACAACUGGGACAACGUCUGGGGAAACUGAGAUCAUGCCUAUGGGUGCAACGAGUUGAAUCAUAUAGAAGAAGUGCAAGGGCUAUGACCUAUGGGAGUUUGCUUGCCUUUUGAUUCAUCAAAAAGAAGAUUGCGGCCAGAUACCGCCUUUGGUGGCAACUUAGGGGAAGCUGUGAAGAAGAAACUGCUGGGCCUCUCUUGCUUUUCCCAGCUUUGCCUUGAUGUACCUGCGAGGGCCAUGGCCCAUGACACUGGUAGGUUUUUUUUUUCAUCGCAACUGUAAGGUUUGGUGAAGAACGGUUUCACAGUGCACUGAUAUAUAUGUAGCUGCUUGCUGCUGUUGUGAUAUCAGUGUGGGUAUCGAUUGUUUGUAUAUCUCUAUCUGGGUAAAUAGUGUCCGCCUUCGAAAAGAAUACAUCAAAUGUUUGUGCACCCUUUACA